AUGUCUGAGGAACCCACUCCCCAUGACCACGGUGAGAGCAUUGCCGCUCCUCCAGACCUACCACCAGGAUGGAAAUACAGACAGCGCCGCAUUUUUGGCUUCAACAUCCCCUGGUAUGCCUCGCCUAGCGUGCAGUUGUUGUUGGUGGCAUUUGUCUGUUUCAUGUGUCCCGGAAUGUUCAACGCCCUGGGCGGCUUGGGCGGUGGUGGGAAGACGGACGCGACUUUGGCAGACAACAUGAAUACGGCUCUGUACAGUGCUUUUGCAGUCUUUGGCUUCUUCGGUGGUACUUUUAUCAACAAGCUCGGUGUCCGAUGGACGCUCGCAUUUGGAGGGAUUGGAUACUGCAUCUACGCCAUCAGCUUGCUGGUCUCCGUUCACGCCAGCGUUGCCGGCUUCAAUAUCUUCGCUGGGACAUGGCUCGGUAUUUGUGCCGGUCUUCUGUGGACCGCUCAAGGGACCAUCAUGAUCUCCUACCCGACUGAGGAACAAAAGGGAAGGUAUUUUGCGUGGUUCUGGGGUAUCUUCAAUAUGGGUGCAGUGAUUGGCAGCUUGAUUCCCCUCGGUGAAAACAUCCAUGUCAAGGCCAACAUUACCGUCUCCGACGGUACGUACAUUGGCUUCAUCAUCUUGAUGUUCAUCGGUGCCCUGCUUGCUCUCUGCCUCUGCAACGCUAGCGACAUUAUCCGACCCGACGGCAGCCGCGUCAUCUUGAUGAAGCAUCCUAGCUGGCAAUCGGAGCUGCUGGGCCUUUGGGAAACCCUUCGAUUUGAGCCAUUCGUGGUUCUGCUUUUCCCCAUGUUCUUCUCCUCGAACUGGUUCUACGUCUACCAGCAGAACUCCGUUAAUGGUGCUCACUUCGGUACCCGCACCAAGGCUCUUAACAGUCUUCUGUACUUCCUCGCUCAGAUCCUUGCGGCUGUCAUCUGGGGAUACCUGCUCGAUAUCAAGAGGGUUCGCCGUUCCGUCCGAGCGAAGAUUACCUGGGUCGUUCUCUUCGUCCUCACCUUUGCCAUCUGGGGCGGUGGAUACGCCUAUGAGAAGACCUACACCCGCGAAAGCGUCAAUCCCAAGCUCAACCCAGAUUUUGUCCCAACUGACUGGGAGACCCCCGGCUAUGUGGGCCCAAUGUUUCUGUACCUCUUCUACGGCUUCUACGAUGCUGCCUGGCAAGCUAGCGUCUACUGGUUCAUGGGCGCUCUCUCCAACUCUGGCCGUCGCUCUGCCAACUACGUCGGCUUUUACAAGGGCAUCCAGUCCUGCGGCGCCGCUAUUGUGAACAACCUUGAUGCUCGCAAGCUGUCUUACGAGAAGGAAUUCAUCAGUAACUGGGUGCUCCUCUCUGUCUCCCUCGUUGUGGCUGCCCCCGUCAUCUUCUUCAAGAUCCGUGAUCACAUCGAUGUUCAGGAUGAUCUGGCGGGCACCGACGAGACUAUAGCGGAUGUUCUGCCCGCUAACCACCCCGAGAAGGCCGUGGCCUAG